AAGACUAUCAAUUCACCUGUGAUUUAUAUGUAUUGUAUUUUGGGUGAGAGAGAGUCCUGUUGUUUAUGUAUUGCUUCUGGAGGUGCUAGAAAUAGCUCCUCAUCGGUCAGUAGCUCUGUCAAUCCCCGACAUGAACUGGUCACAUACGGUAUGUAUGAGCAGAAAUGAUACAAGCUGCGUCCUGAAUGAUGUGCUGUCUUAGGGCUGCUGCAUUUUAACGCUGAUGGAGGAGCAGAGACUAACCAUAUUAUUAUUACCGUACUCCUUUUGGAAUUUGACUGAAAUUGGACAAAUGAUUAAAAUACUCUUUUCGGAAGACAAUUAUUUUGAAAUGUAUGUUGAGAAACUGCGAUAUCAAUAUGAGUUGUCAGUUUCCUGUUGAUUCAACCUUUCCUGUAGUUCACCACAUUUAGUUUUCAAGGUUUUCCCCAAUCCACAAAUGACUAUCCCUUUCUUCCACCAAUGCUUGAAUGAUCAUCCAAAACUGUGUGAAAAAAUGUUGCACCAAUCUGAAAACUGUGCUCUAAGUUUGAGUUCCUGAUGCCCUUUUGUUAAAUCUCAACUGAAGUAUUUGACUAAGUAAGUAUUUGAACUGUUGCAUCGCAGCUUUAAAAUAAUGAGCUAUGACUGAGCUAAAAUAAAAAUAUAAAUGAAAACAGUUUAACAGGCUACCACUGGAGGGCGUGCAAAGAGUAAAAACGCUUUAUCCUCUGGACACCUGAUGUGAUGACCUCUUACCACAACCGUGACUCACCUGGUCCAAAAAUAAAUCCGGGGUUUAUCCACAACAGACCUUUACUGUCUUUCCACCCUCUCCAGCCAGCUGCUCAGAUUAAAACAUCCAAGAUUAAAAUAUUACAUGGAGGAAUUCUAGAGUCGCACAAGUGGAAGAGCGAGAAAGCAGGUGGAGUCAGUGUGGAUUUAAGAUCAGCCUUUGGGAUUAUGCCAGGCCAGGCGGGGUUAACAACAUAGCUGUGGGCUGGCCUGACUACUUCCUGGGCCUGUGACAAUCCAGUCUUUGCUAGUCCAAUAAGUGCUGCUCUGUGUUCAUGCUUGGGUGCCGAUAUUUCCUGUUGAUCAUGGAGCACCUGUGGGAGUGAACAAGAUGGAUGAUAUUCUGGAUUUAGAGACCACUCUGAUGAACAGAGACCGGUCAUGGACUAAUGCUGUAUGGGUCUAAAGCCUGGUGGUUUUAGCAUCAUCAGGAGAUUAAACUUCUGUUAGCUCUUGACCUUGGACUCUUCUGAGCAUUUGAUUGGAAACGAGCUGCGCUGGACGGACUGGACACUAAUCUGACUCCCCCACGACUUUCCGCUCUUGAGUUUUGGACACCACCUCCCAACAUUCUCCUCAUCCCCCCCGACUCACCGGGGGACAGCCCGCAGACCCCCAUGAUGAAAGAGGAGGGUGUGCUGAGUCGCCGCCGUUUUUCCACGUGCGGUGGCACGGCUUCUCUGCGAGCCCCACACCCGGAUGGACGCAAACUCAUCCGAAAUGCGUCUUUUGGGGGCUAUAACGACUUGUCACCCAUUUCCCUGCCAGGGUUUGAGAGAGGAAAAGAGGAUCUGCUGUCACUGCCUCUGAAAGAAGAUUCACAUUCCAUAUCGAAGAGCAAGUCUGAAACAAAGCUGUACAAUGGUUCAGACAAGGACGUAUCAGCGUCUGGGGGAAAGCUCACAAAGAAGGAGUCCCUCAAGGUACAGAAGAAGAACUACAGGGAAGAAAAGAAGAGGGCUACUAAGGAGCUGCUCAGCACCAUCACUGAUCCUUCUGUUAUUGUCAUGGCAGACUGGCUCAAGAUCCGGGGAACCCUGAAGAGCUGGACGAAGUUGUGGUGCGUGCUGAAACCCGGAGUACUCCUCAUCUAUAAAACUCACAAAAAUGGCCAAUGGGUUGGCACGGUGCUGCUCAACGCCUGUGAGCUGAUCGAGAGGCCGUCGAAGAAAGAUGGAUUCUGUUUCAAGCUCUUCCACCCGCUGGAGCAGUCCAUCUGGGCCGUCAAGGGUCCAAAAGGAGAAACAGUGGGGUCCAUCACUCAGCCGUUACCAAGCAGCCACCUCAUCUUCCGUGCAGCUUCAGAGUCCGAUGGCCGUUGCUGGAUGGAUGCACUGGAGUUGGCCCUGAAGUGCUCAAGUCUCCUCAAGAGGACCAUGAUCCGGGAAGGCAAGGACGAUGCCAGCACUGUGACUUCAGGAGGAGAACACUCGCUCAACUUCUACAGUCUCCUCCGAGCGCACAACAUCCACGGUUUCCAGUUCAACGACAGUGACCACUUGAAGGACCCAGAUUUGUACUCGGACAAGUCGGACAGGGAGUGCGAGCAGGAUCACGAAGAGUCCGAUCCUGAAGGAAUGGAGAAGAGUGAGGAGAGUGACAGCGACACGUCAGAACGCCAGGACGACUCCUAUAUCGACUUGGACCCCAACGAACACCUGAGGGAAACUUCUUACCUGGAGCAGUCACACGAGGAACUGGGAGAAGCCGGUGAGGCUGCUCAGACCGAGACGGUUUCUGAAGAGAAUAAAUCGUUGAUGUGGACUUUGCUGAAACAAGUGAGGCCCGGCAUGGAUCUGUCCAAAGUGGUACUGCCCACUUUCAUCCUGGAGCCAAGGUCCUUUUUGGACAAACUGUCUGACUACUACUACCAUGCAGACUUCCUGUCAGACUCCGCCGUGGAAGAAAAUGCUUAUGAUCGAAUGAAGAAGGUGGUGAAAUGGUACAUCUCGGGAUUUUACAAGAAACCAAAGGGUUUGAAGAAGCCCUACAAUCCUAUCAUUGGAGAGACGUACCGCUGCAUGUGGCUUCACGAAAAGACCAACAGCAAGACCUUCUACAUUGCAGAACAGGUUUCCCAUCACCCCCCUGUGUCAGCGUUUUACGUCAGCAACAGAAAGGAUGGAUUCUGCCUCAGCGGUAGCAUCCUGGCCAAGUCCAAGUUCUACGGAAACUCCCUGUCUGCCAUACUGGACGGAGAAGCUCGUCUCACUUUCCUGAACAGAGGAGAAGACUACGUCAUGAACAUGCCCUACGCUCACUGUAAAGGAAUCCUGUAUGGCACCAUGACCCUGGAGCUCGGUGGUCAGGUCACCAUUGCUUGUGAGAAGACUGGCUACAGUGCUCAGCUAGAGUUCAAACUCAAGCCAUUCCUGGGAAGCAGUGACAGCGUCAACCAGAUCUGUGGGAAGAUCAAGCUAGGGAAGGAAGUGUUGGCAACUCUGGAGGGACAUUGGGACAGUGAGAUCUUCAUUAACGACAAGAAAACCGGCAACAUGGAGACUUUCUGGAACCCGACGCCAGACCUGCGACAGAGCCGCCUGAUCCGCUAUACAGUCCCGCCAGAGGAGCAGGGGGAGUUUGAAUCAGAAAGACUGUGGCAGCAUGUGACCCGGGCCAUCAACAACAAGGACCAGACUGAAGCCACCAACGAGAAGUUCAUCCUGGAGGAGGUCCAGCGGAAAUCGGCACGCGAGAGGAAAGCCAAAUGUGAGGAGUGGAUCCCAGCGCUGUUCGAGCAGGACUCUGUGACGGGCGAGUGGCAUUACAGAUAUGCUGACACGAGGCCUUGGGAUCCUCUAAAUGACCUGAUCCAGUUUGAGAAAGACGGCUGCAUCCAGACCAAGGUCCGACACCGCACCCCCAUGGUACGUUCUGGCAGUCUUAUUAGUCUGAGUAACCAGGGGCCACGGCGGGACAAUUGCAAGUGCCAGGUGACGGUGCCAAAGAGGAAACACAAGAGCGACAAGCCCAAAAGUCCAGAGAGCGGCUGCUCCUCUCCGGAACCAGAUCGCCACGACUCUUCUGGAAGUGAACGACACAAGAGCAAGCACAACAGUCGACUGAGGAAGAAAGGAAGUGAGCUGAGCGAACUUCAAAGUGCCAUCGACUCGAUCAAGGAGACGCAGGAGGCCAUCAACAGGAGCAUCAGCGCGCUCCGGAGCGGAGCCAUCAGCCAUGUGCAGGGCAGUUCCUUCCUUCAGCAGCGAGACUUUGUUGUCAUCGUCUUCCUCGUCCUACUUCAGGUCUUCAUCAACUAUGUCUUCAAGUAGAGGCAUAGGACGAAGACUGGAGGACUGUCCAGAGGAGGACACUGUUUUUGAACCGCCCACUCCAGAAACACCUCAGAGAGCUUCAGUUCUCUAACCAGACCUGACCGGAUUCCUCUGACUCUAGUCACCUAGGUGACAAGCUACCCUUGAUUUUUAUAUUUUCUUUUUUCGGAAAAAAAAUGAACCACUCUAUUUACAUUUCACCCUCAAAAAGUGGGGCCCUUGAGAUGACAAGGACCCCUGGCUCAGGUGGGAACGAUUUGACAUUCAGAUUUUUUUUUAAAGCCAUUUAUUUAUUGUGGAUAGAAGUCCGCUCGGGUUCAAAAGUGCGGAGGAGGGAGAUUUUAACAACGUGGUCCAAUCUGUGUAUUUUAAAACAACAAUUCCUGUGGUGUAAUAUACAUAUAUAUAAAUAUAUUAUAAUACAAACUUUUAUACUAAAUUAAUGUUUCUGGUGUUUAGAUAGCAUGUACAGACAUGAGCUUGCUGAGAACUUUUAGUAUUAAAAGGUGGCGCAAAUGCACUGGAAGUGUUUUGAAAUCAUUCAAAUGAUGCUUGAAAUUGACUCACAACUUCAAUUAUGAGGUUGUUGUAAUUUCAGUGAGCACCGCCAAUGUUUUUGGAAGCUAAAACCGACUGUUAUUCUAGCGGUUCUAUGACGGUAGUCACCCAGCGACGACGGCUUCGUUCAUGUUGGUGUCGCGCAGAACUAGCUAUAAAUAAACUGUACAGCCAUGUCAUGUUUCGCUUGAACCAGUCCUCUUCCACUGUCUUUGCGCCAUAGAUGUUAACCAGGACAACUAGAUUAGUGAGCUUAGUCUUCAACCGGACAGAUGUUUAAUGAGGUGACGACCGCGCACGUAGAGCCGUGGUCCGUGCUGUUCACUGUGCUAGCAGUUCAUCACCCAGGUGUAUUUGUUUGCCAACUCUGUGAACACUCCCAAAACCCUGCGUGUCUUCAAAUGAUGGGAGCUGAUCAAACAAGUCUGAGUGGCCUCAAUGUGAAGGACGCAGCACAUGGUGAGCUCAGCCUUGAGGUGCAGCGAAUAUCUUUAUUUUGAUUUUUACAAGAGGGGGGUAGAUGUUCUAAUGGAAAAGUUAACUAUUAUCAUGAAUGUGGGACUUUUUGGGGUGAAAAGAGGAAGUGGGCAUGUCAUUCUUAAUUUUGGAAUUGCAGAAUUGGAACAUAUUUCGAAACUGUAUUGCAAUUUGAAAACCACAUUCAUCACUUUUACCGUGCAUUUUAGAGACAUAAAUUGCAAUGAAUGCAUUACAUAUGUCAUUAUAUUUGAGGGAACAUUUUAACUUUGUUUUAAGUCCUGGAACUUUCAAAUUCCAAUAUUUAUGGCACUAGUUUGAAUCUGAGGGUGAAGAAUUUAUUCCAGCUGUAGAAGGAUGUUAUUUUUACAUUUGUUCAUUAGUUUCGAAAAGCCUAAUGCAACAAUGUUUUGAAAUGAAUUGACGUAAUUUACACGCUAGAAUACCUGCAUUUUCCUUUUGGGAAGACCGACCCAUCGUCUAGCUGAGAACCUAAUGCCCAGGUCUAAGGUGUCAGACUUCUUCGCUUGGGGCCAUUCAGAAUCUCCCACUCCUUCACUCCUCCCCCAAUGAAGGGACCACAUCUGAAGAUUGGUUUUGUGCCCUCCGUCUUCGCCUUGUCAAUGUUUACAUAUCCAGUUGCCUCUGCCAUCAGCAGACUGUCGGGCAACAAAGACGUUUUUUUUUGUUGGGAACCGGCUCGACCCUCGGACGCUACCGGCUGGCCCGCGUAUGUUUUUGUGUCUGCACAAUGCCUCGAUGCUCGUCUUGAUCCUGACUCCAGAUGUUAGAAUGUGGACAAACUAGUGCCUUCUAGAGUUGCAGAUGAGGAAGGUGUGAGUACAUCUGCAGAGUGGACUUGCCAUAUGAAGUUGUCUCCAGCUCCGCCACCUUUCCUCUGCCUCCCUGCCUGAAGCGUAGCCAUAGCAACGCACCCGUCUGUGUCCUGAGGUGGUGUGAAAGCACCAACACCCCAGUCUCUAAACACACACACACCAGAGCAGCCCCUCUAUCCAUGUGUGAGACUUUCUAUUUAUUUAUGUGUUUCUCUUUGUUUAAAGUGAAUUUUAAAUGUCUCCUUAUUCUGUCACACGAGCAGCAAGUUCUUGUUCUUGUCAACUCCACUCCGAUUUCCCUCUGUCUACUGUGCAAGGUUUCCAGUCACAUGUAUCUUAACACAAAAUAAAUGCAAACAAGAUUCAACCUGCU